CUCCUCCUCCUCCUUCCCCCUUCCUGGUCUUUUCGCUCCAUUUUCGCGCACAAGUCAAUUCCAAUGACUCUGUAACGACGGGUUGGGCGUGGGAAGGCGAUACGCCAUGAAUUUCCACGAGAGGAUGAGGAUGUUGGGGAUGAAGAGGAAGGAGGAGGCGGCGGCUCAACUCGAUUCCAAACCCUAUGAAGGGCCAUUUCAGUGGGUCGAGACCUCUAACUCCGUCUCCCGUCAGUUCCAGUUCGAAUCCGAUGGUCUUCUCUCAAUGAAGGUACUUGAUGACUCGAGACCUGUAGUUCAUAGGGUGGUUGAUUCCUUCCUCAAUAAAUUUUUCCCUUCGGGAUAUCCCUAUAGUGUGCACGAGGGUUAUCUAACAUAUACACAAUUUCGGGCAAUGCAACACUUUACUAGUGCUACACUCUCUGUAUUAUCAACUCAGUCCUUACUAUCUGCUGCAGGCUUACGACCUACACCUGCACAGGCGACAGUUGUUAGUUGGAUUUUGAAAGAUGGAAUGCAGCAUGUAGGAAAGAUCAUCUGCAGCAAUUUAGGUGCUAGAAUGGAUUCCGAACCUAAGAGGUGGAGAAUUAUAGCGGAUGUGCUUUAUGAUUUGGGAACUGGCUUGGAAGUCCUUUCCCCCUUGUGUCCACAACUAUUUCUUGAAAUGGCAGGGAUUGGCAAUUUCGCGAAGGGAAUGGCAGUUGUUGCGGCAAGAGCAACGAGAUUACCAAUAUAUUCUUCAUUUGCCAAAGAGGGCAAUCUUAGUGACCUAUUUGCAAAAGGGGAAGCCAUUUCCACUCUCUUCAAUGUUCUCGGUAUUGGUGUCGGGAUUCAGCUGGCGUCAACAGUCUGUUCAUCCAUGCAGGGGAGGUUAGUUGCCGGGCCUCUUCUUUCGGUCAUGCAUGUGUACUGCGUUGUGAAAGAGAUGAGGGCUGUCCCUGUCAACACGUUAAACCCUCAGAGAACUGCUAUGAUUGUAGAGGAUUUUCUCAAGACGGGAAAGGUAGCAAGCCCGGCUGACCUACGAUACCAUGAAGAUCUUCUAUUCCCGGGGCGAGUGUUAGCCGAUGCUGGGAACGUUAAAGUUGGAAGACCUUUGCGGGACGUUCUUAGACCUUCGAAACUUUACAAGUGGAAAGAAAUUCUUCCCGAUGAAAAGUUUGUCCUGAGUCAAGGUGAGAAAUGGGUCGACAUGGUCUUAGAGCAAGAUGCAACGGGUGCAGAUGCAUUGAAGGGCUGGCUUGUUGCUGCUUAUUCGGUGCGCAUGGGGAAUUCGUCACCUGAUUUAAGACCCGAAAUUGUGCAAGAAGCUUAUGAGAAGGUGAAUCAGGUGUUCACCUCAUUUCUGGAGGAACUCCAUAAUAGAGGGUGGCACACGGACCGGUUUCUUGACGGAACGGGAGUUCGAUUUUCAUGGUGAGAAUACGGCUUUAAUGAUGAUGUUUUCCUGUGUUUAGAAGUUUAGGUCAAUGGAGACUGUAGUUGGUUUUUCUCCGGUGAAUUUGGGGUACAAAGUGGCUGUAAUACGGACCCAGCGUAAGCUGACUCUUUGUUUUCGCAAUUCUUGAUUUUAUUCAUCGCUUGACUUUUCUA